AAUGUAACUUGCAUCCCAAGGAAGGAACGUUCCAUUCCUGGCAUGUCAUGCCUUCAAGGGAUGUCAUCCCUUUCAAAGGAAAUACGACUCGCGGUGUAGAACUUUCGGGUCUGUCGGUUCGAUCUCUGUAAGUAAUGGACGAUUGCAGGGAAAAAGAUGAAUCUUCCCGGGAUGAUGUUUCAUCGCGGCUUCGUGCCCGGCUUCAUGCUCGUGAGGCCCAUCCUGCAGCCGCGGGCAUUCUCCAGGAGUUUCUGUAACUGUGCUCGACUGCAAAGGCCUUUCCUCCACGUCCUGGGAAAGAAUCUGCCGUCGGUCCGGCGGCACGUGACGGUGGCGGUGUCCAAGAUGGCCCCCGAGCUGGCCCCGAAGGCCAGGGAGGCGGUCGGGCUUUGGCUCUUCGGCUGCAGCGGGCUCGUCCUCGGGGCCGUCGUCUUGGGUGGACUGACGAGGCUGACCGAGUCUGGGCUGUCCAUGGUGGACUGGCACCUCUGGAAGGAGAGGCCGCCCAUGUCUCAACGGCAGUGGGUGGAGGAGUUCGAUAAGUAUAAGCAAUUCCCAGAAUUCCAAAUGAAAAACCAGGACAUGAGCUUGGAAGAGUUCAAGUUCAUCUGGUGGAUGGAGUACAUCCACCGAAUGUGGGGACGGGGCAUCGGGCUGGCCUUCCUGCUUCCUGCCGUGUGGUUCUGGAAAAAGAAGUACUUCACCUCUUCCAUGAAGAAAAGGGUCGUCGCGUACGGGAGCCUCAUUCUCGCCCAGGGGCUGAUGGGUUGGUACAUGGUGAAGAGCGGGCUGGAAGAAGAGCGGUUCCAGGGGCAAUCCGACGUCCCGCGGGUGUCGCAGUAUCGGCUGGCGGCGCACCUGUCCCUCGCCUUCGUCCUCUACACCCUGUUCUUCUGGGCCGGGUUGGACCACGUGGCGCCGGCGCAAGGGGUGGCGUCCAUCAGCAGGUCGCUCGUGAGGUUCCGGGCGGCGUCGCAUGCCGUCAAGGGGCUGGUGUUCCUCACGGCCGUCUCGGGGGCAUUCGUGGCGGGGCUGGACGCCGGGCUGGUGUACAACUCCUUUCCGAAGAUGGCGGAUCGCUGGAUCCCGAGCGACCUGCUCGCCAUGAGCCCGACCGCGAAGAACUUCACGGAGAACGCCACGACGGUGCAGUUCGACCAUCGAAUCCUGGGCACGUUGUCGCUGGCUUCGGUCACGGGGCUUUGGUUCGCGUCGCGACGGCUCCAGCUUCCCGGAAAGGCUCGCGCGGCAGCGACGACUCUGCUGGCCGUCGGCUGGUCCCAGGUGAUACUGGGGAUCCACACGCUGAUCUUGUUCGUGCCGACGUGGUGCGCAUCGCUGCAUCAGCUGGGCUCGCUUCUCACCAUCUCGUCUGCCGUCUGGCUCACCCACGAGCUCAAGUGGGUCAAGAAAUUCCCCGUCAAGUGA